AUGGCAGAAACUGCUCCCGCACCAGCUGCGCCUGUUCCGGCGAAAGCUCCCAAGAAGAAGACCGCAGCAAAGCCCAAGAAAUCGGGUCCCAGCGUGUCGGAGCUCAUCGUCAAGGCUGUGUCUGCCUCCAAGGAGCGCAGCGGGCUGUCCGUGGCGGCGCUCAAGAAGAUCCUGCAGGCCGGCGGCUACGAUGUGGAGAAGAACAACUCCCUCGUCAAUAGAGCCCUCAAGAGCCUGGUGACCAAGGAGACCCUGCUACAGACCAAGGGCACCGGCGCCUCGGGCUCCUUCAAGCUCAACAAAAAGGCGACUGAAGCCAAGGAGAAGGCGGCCAAGAAGAAGGCAGCAGGUCCCAAGAAACCAGCGGCAAAGAAAGCGGUUGUCAAGAAAACAACGAAAAAGGUUUCGGCAAAGAAAGCAGCGACUCCCAAGAAGUCUCCUAAGAAAGCGACGAAAGCAAAAGCUGCUCUGUGCACACUACUCUAA